AUGAAGUCAGCGUCAGUCACCCGGAUGCUGGGAGCUGGUACUCGAUCUUCGCCUUUCCCGACGGGCGCUACAAAAAUCCCAUGUCAAGCACCGACCCAAAGGAAAAGGUCGAGCGGUCCAGGAAUCUGUCGGCAGGCUACAUACAGCAUCUCAAACUUGCUCCAGUCUGAGGCAGCCAUCAACCAGAACAUUGAACUGCUGUGCGGAUGGCUGGACAAGGCUGCCGAUGAGCAAAAGGAGGUAGAUCUCGCUCAACUUUUCACCUUUGCGACAAAUGACAAUGUCGGCGAGUUUGUCUUUUCGAGAUCAUUUGGCUUCCUGGAAAAGGGCGUCGACAUUGGCAAUACCAUUGAAAACUCCUUGGCUCACAAUGCCUAUGUCGCCAUUAUCGGCUUCUACGGAUGGGUCCACACCAUGCUCAUUGGCAACCCGCUCGUGACCUGGCUGGGUAUACUGCCCUAUGGCCACAUUUUCGACUCGGCCAUGCGAUACGCCAAGGAGCGUGAGGCCAACCCGGACGCGCGCUUUGACCUGAUUAAUCACUGGCUCAAGGCGCUCAGGGAGAACCCUGACCGCAUGAGCAUCUUUGACGUGCACUCGGCGGCCAUGAACAAUAUCGCCGCCGGCAGCGACACGGUAGCCACCGGCCUGCAGUCGUUUGUCUAUCACAUGAUCCGCCACCGAGACGCCUGGCAGCGCUGUCGGGAGGAACUCCAAGCGGCCAGUCUCGCGACAAACGACCCCAUUAUAUCGUUCAACGAUGCACAAAAGCUAUCGUACCUACAAGCGUGUAUCACGGAAGCCCUGCGCAUCUUUUCUCCCACGCCAAUGGGCCUCCCACGGGUCGUGGGCAAAGGGGGCCUCACGAUUGGGGAUCAGACAUUUCCCAAGGGCACGAUUCUGUCGGUCAACAACCACGUGAUUCACGCCUCCAAGGAGAUUUGGGGACAGACAGCGCGCGAGUUUAGGCCAGAGCGUUGGCUAUCGGCUGAAGGCGCCAAGAUGCAAAAGUACUGGAUUCCGUUUGGGGCUGGUUAUGCCUCGUGCCCCGGUCAGAACAUUGCCCGUAUCCAGAUAUCCAAGAUCUCGGCGACUCUGGUGAGGGACUACGAUAUUCGCCAAAAGGACCCUAGUCAGGAUUGGACAUAUAAAGCGUACUUCACCGUGGCGCCCCGCGGGUGGCCUGUGAUUAUCCAGAAGAGCUCAGAGAAUGACAAGGUUUUAAAGAGCCCUUGA